ACCAAAAACCAUCGAAUCACCAUUCACCACUUCAAUUUUUCUCUUCCUUUGUUGUUUUUGGCACUUUGUUCAAGGCGACCCUCUCUUCCUUUCAAAGAUUUUUAUUCAAUUCAUUCAUUCCUUACUUCCUUGAAGCUCUUUGCUUUCCCUUUUUAAUCACUUUCCACUCACCAUCUUUUUUCUCUUGCUUUCUUUCUUUCUUGCUCGCUCAUACAUCACCCCCAAAUAAAGCUCCAAAGUAGACCAAACCCAUAGCUUUUCCCAUUUUUUCACAAAACCCCAAUCCCAAGCUUCUCUGUAUUCUUUUCACCUCCUCCAUAGCCUACCCUGCGAGCUCUGCAGCUCAAAAACCCAGUCUUGUGACUGUUAAUGAUUCUGGGAACUGUACUCUCUUUUUUUUCUGUUUUGAGUUUUCUUUCUUGUUUCAGAUCUUGGGUUUGUCUGUUGUGAAUUCUUAUUGUUAUUGCACGCUUUUUGCAUUGUUUAGUUUAUGAUUAUUAUUGAUGUUUUUGGGUUUUCUAGGAUUUUGAAAAGGUGGGUGUUUUUUUAGGUAGAUUCCUCAGGCUGGGGAGGUGGGUUAUGGGUAUAUAGUGGAAAAAGGUAUUCUGAUUCCCUCAAACAAAAAAUGCUUCUUGAUUUAACACUGAUAAUGCCAUUGUAAAGCUUACACCUUUCUCUGCUCCUUUUCCUCUGCUCUUAUCCAUGAGAAAUUCUUGAAUUCUUAUAGUUUUUGGAGAAUAAAUUUUCAGUCUUUUUUUUUUGGUUUUGGUGGAGUGGGGGAUGGAGAUUCUCUCACCGUCUUCCUCUUAUCUAUCGAACUCAAGCUGGAUUGUUGAAGAAAGCAAGAGCACAAAAUGGACCCCCGCCGAGAACAAAGCGUUCGAGAAUGCCCUGGCUUUGUACGACAAGGACACGCCGGACCGGUGGGAGAAGGUGGCGGAAAUGGUGCCGGGGAAGACGGUGGUGGACGUGAUUCGGCAGUACAAGGAAUUGGAAGAUGAUGUUAGUAGCAUAGAAGCUGGGUUAAUGGACAUGCCUGUUCCGGUUUAUACUAGCUCUUCUUCUCCUUCUCCUUCGCCUUUCACUCUAGAUUGGGGAAAUAGCCGUGGGUUUGACGCGCAGCGGCAGCCCUUCGCCGCCGCCGCCGGAGGGAAGAGACCGUCGUCUAACCGGACGCCGGAGCAAGAACGGAAGAAGGGCGUUCCCUGGACUGAGGAAGAACACAGGUUAUUCUUAAUGGGGCUAAAGAAGUAUGGAAAAGGGGAUUGGAGAAACAUUUCAAGGAAUUUUGUGAUUACAAGAACACCCACCCAAGUUGCCAGUCAUGCCCAGAAAUAUUUCAUCAGACAGCUUUCAGGUGGAAAAGACAAGAGGAGAGCCAGCAUUCAUGACAUUACAACUGUCAACCUUAACGACAACAAUCAAACCCUUUCACCGGAAAACAACAACAAUAACAAUAAGCCACCGUCGCCGCCAGACCCACCGGCCGCCGCCGUGCAUUCCCACCACAAAAUGCCCUUCCAGUGGAGCCAGCAGGUGAGCAAUGGGGCGGCAGUGAUGGGUAGUUUCAGCACAGCUCCGGACAACAUUUUUUUCGCCCCGUCGCCGUAUGGAUUAGGGUCUUAUGGGAUGAACAAAGUGCAGAAUCAUGAAAUUUACUUUGGACAACAAAACAUGGGUUUGCAGAUACAAUCAGCACAGCAGUUUCAUCCUGCUUGAGUUCAUUAUAUUCAUGUCAUGUUGUCCUAGAAAAAGCUUGUUGGUUUCAAUUUUUAUUACAACCUUAAUUAUGUUGGUUUCCUCUUCUGCCCUGUAAAUAUGUUGUUUUCCCCUUUCCAUUUUAGUCUUGAGUAAGUGUUUCUAGGAAUUAUGAAAUCCCAAUAUUAUUGAUAUAAACCAAAAAGAUCCCAUUCUGGGUACUCUUUUGUACUUCAACAUGAAUCAAUGGAUUGAUUGAUACUCCUGAUUUCA